CGGAGCACCAACAUGUGCUCUUUGAACGGCAGCCUGGGCAACGGCAGCGGCCUGCUGGGCAACGACACGAGCGUCGACUGCCUCUUGGAGCCGCCGACGCCCGACAUCAUCCACAACCGCGCCGUCCAGGCCGUCUUCUGCAUGCUCUACACCGUCAUCUUCGUGCUCGGCAUCUUCGGCAACGUGCUCGUCUGCUACGUCGUCGGCCGCAACAAGGCCAUGCAGACCGUCACCAACUUCUUCAUCACCAACCUCGCCCUCUCUGACAUCCUCCUCUGCACCCUCGCCGUCCCCUUCACGCCGCUCUACUCAUUUGUGGGCCAGUGGAUUUUCGGGCCGGUGCUGUGUCACCUGGUCGCGUACGCGCAGGGCACCAGCGUGUACAUCUCGACGCUGACGCUGACCUCGAUCGCCGUGGACCGCUUCUUCGUCAUCAUCUACCCGUUCCAGCCGCGCAUGAAGAUGUCCACGUGCGCCGCCAUCGUCGUUUUCAUCUGGUUGUUUUCUCUGAUGGCGACGCUUCCGUACGGCAUCUUCAUGUCGCACAACAACCGCGGCGGGCUGGACGCCGAGUUCUUCUACUGCGAGGAGGACUGGUACACCGAGGACUACCGCAAGGUGUUCGGCGCCUUCACCGCCCUCGCCCAGUUCGUCCUGCCCUUCUUCAUCAUCACCUUCUGCUACGUCCGCGUCUCGCUCAAACUAAACGACAGGGCCAAGUGCAAACCAGGCGCAAAAAACUCGCGUCGCGAGGAAUUGGACCGCGAGCGGAAGCGGCGCACAAACCGCAUGCUGAUCGCGAUGGUGACCGUUUUUGGGGUGUCCUGGCUUCCCUUGAACAUGGUCAACCUGAUCAACGACGUCAACGAAUCGACCGGCGACUGGCCAUACUACAACCUGUGCUUCUUCAUCGUGCACGCCAUCGCAAUGAGCUCCACCUGCUACAACCCUUUCCUCUACGCCUGGCUCAACGAAAACUUCCGCAAGGAAUUCAAACAGGUGCUGCCAUGCUUCGAGCGGCAGACGGGCCUCAACGGGGGGCACAACGGCCCAAACACUGCGUCGGUGGCGCUGACCAGCGGCCACCGCAAGUCACUGGGCGGCAGCCAGAAGAACAAGGGCCGCUCGGUGGCGGCGGCCACCACGACGGCCACCACGGACGCCGGCGGCCGCGACGAGCUGGCCAACUCGGUGCAGGAGGAGGUGCCCCUCAAGGCCACCUACGCAAAGGGCGACGACCACGUUCACCUCCAACUCCAUCACAACGACGACCUGCGGCCGACGGCCAACGGCCAUGACGCUUCUACCGUCGACCUCGAACAGCUGCGGCUGCCGGCGGACGCGCAUUUGCUUGACAGGGACGCCCUGCAAUGCGACCCGCAAAUUGGCGCCGAUUUUAUUUAAGACUAUUUCACCGGCAGAGCUGAGCAGCAGGCGGAGCGAGCAAGAUUUGGUCGGGCCACUUUGAUGUUGAAAGCUCCAAGAGUGCACGCAAAUUUUCCUUGCCGCGCGUUGCGCGUUCUCAAAGUAAAAGUAAGCAUUCCUUCUCUCCAAAUAAUACCGCGCUGAAAAUACAUAAAAUAUACACAAAAUUUAUCUCUUGGAAGCUUCUUGAAUAACAAUUCUGAGAUAUUUCACCGUUAUCUCUGAAAAUAAAUAAAGUGUUUUGCAUUUUUCAAGCAAAGUUUUAAAACUUUGUUUGUCGCCGAAUUCAAAUUUUCUCCUCUUAUUCAAUAGUUGAUGUUUAAAAAAUCAUCUCAAUAAUUCUUCAUUCACAUUGACGGGAAAAGCAAAACAAGUAUUUAAAUAAAAUCUUAAUCCAUAUGAGGAUAAAAAAUUGUAUUUACUCAAGCUGUCGUGUCCAAUUGACGUUGAAAAUGUCAUCCUCUCCUCUGCGUUGCUCUGAUUAACGCAAAGCGAGACGAUGGACUUGAAGCCUAAAUUAUUUCUUUUUGAGCCUAAGGAAUAAUUUAGCACGUGUCUCUCUAUCUUUGUGAAAGUCUGUAUAUUCUACUGCUGUAUUUAAUGAAACGUAUUCAGGUGUAAGAAUUUAGUCGUAUCGAAAUUCAUGGCUGUGUAUCGCUGUUUAUUUGUUCUGUUUUUGCCAACAUCGGCCUCGUGUUGUAUAUUUAAACUAUGGAUUAUAUUUGAAUGUUACAAUUCAAAUUUUAUUUGUAAAAUAUAAAUUAUAUGUCGUGUGAUUGUGAGUGAAAGUCAUUGCUGGUGAUUGGAAACUAAAGUUAUAAAAAAGUAUGUGAAUAAAAAAUCGUUAUAAAAAAAAGGAAAUCGCUGUAGGUCCGCUUAAUGGGUCCAAAUACCUGGCUGGUCAGCGUGCAAAGGGUCCAAAUGCCAAAGUGGCUAAAUGCCAAAGGGGCUAAAUACUAUUUUGACCAAUAUAAAAAUUUGCGUGAAAACUGAUUCCAAUUGACUUAUUUCGACCCAUGAAAUAUGGGUACUAACUAAUUUUAAUAGAAAAAUUAUCUAAAUUAACGCAUCAAUUUAUGCAAAUUAAAUGGCUCCAUAGCUUAUAUACCAAUGUACAGGGCUGCUUAUGUAAAUUAGAGGAAUAAAAUUAAAAUACUGUUGUGAUUGUUUUGGAAAUAUGCAAUUUAGAUCGUUUUAGCAAAAUAAUGGCAAUAUCAAGGUCAGAUAUGUUUAAUUCUACCUAGAAUACUACCUAGAACAAGGGUUUGCAUCGAGGGCUGUAGUUUUGUAACCGCUGGACCAAAAUUGAAAAACUUGGAAAGAAAAUGACCGCAAAAAGGUAAAUUGUCUUACGAAAAGAUGAAAUAGGUUUUCAAAAAUAUUUUUCAUACAUUUAUUUCAUAUUUUUUCAAAAAAUGCUUCUUUUCAAGGCCAACCCUUAAUUAAACAAAUUUUAUCUCUAAAAUAUAUAAAAGCACGGUCCAUUGCGAUGAUUUUCAUGUAACUAUUUACUAAAUUUUUUUUAAUAGGUACUGAAUAACAAUAAAAAACGCAAACCUCUAUGUUUAAUAUGUACCAGGUAAAAUAAAACAAAUUUGACCUUGGAAUAUCAUUUCCGGAAAUAUUUUAACCCUUUUUGGUGAUUUUUAUUGCGAUUCCAUGAUUAAAACUAUUUUUUUAAUAUAAUUUUCAACUUUCGCUUUUUUGAUCUAGCAUUAAAAAAUCAAAACGCAAGAGUGUAUCAUAAUAUAAGCACUAUUUUCAACUGUAAUUAUUAGAUUUUAGUGCAAUAAUUUCAUUCCAACAAGUAUAUUUGAGAUUUAAUGUACAAGAUAAUUUAUAACUUGAAAUAUCAGUAUUUCUUCUUUUACCCCCUCUACUGUAAAAUUACUAAAUAUGUAUUUGGACCCUUUGCACGCUGACCUGCCAAACAUUUGGGUCCUUUGCACGCUGACCAGCCAGGUAUUUGGACCCAUUAA